AUGAACAAGGCUGACCCGCGUGUCGACUCUGACCGUCUGGGAACUGUAGGCAACACUGCAGGUGUUGGUGGUGUCGGUGCUGGCCAAUACACCGAGUCUCACGGCAGCGGCUUGACUGGCCACUCCACUACCGGCCACGGUCUCGGUUCUUCAACUGGCAACACCAUGGGCACUGGAAUGACUGGUGGCCACGGAACUGCAGACUUCAACGACCCCAGCGGCCCCCACGGCUCACGUAUGGCCAACCAGGCUGAUCCUCGCGUUGGCGGUGUAGGCAGCACUGGAACUGGUGCUUACAACACCACUGGCUCAGGAGUCACUGGACACAGCACUACCGGCGGCCUUGGACACUCCGACCCUACCGGCCCUCACAGCUCUCACGCUGCUAACACUGCCGACCCCCGUGUUGGAGGAGGCGUAGGAAGCACUGGAAUUGGUGGAACUGGUCAUCACACUAGCACCACAGGUGAGCAUGGCAGCGUUCCCGGACACGUCGAGGGCACUGUGGGGCGAGGCGAUGUGGCUCAGGGCGGCUACGCUAGCAAGAGCGAGCUCCCCAAGGCCCUCGUUGAACCUCAAUCCCACGCUGUUCCUCACUCCUCCAUCCGGGAUGACCACCAACAUGUUUCAGGUCAGCACGGUACCUCUGAUGUUCACGGCAAGCCUUCCAUGAUGGACAAGCUCAGUAAGUAA